UAGCAGCAAAGCUUAGCAUUCCAAGCUGUUCCCUGCUGGCAUUCCUCCAAUCAGGCACCCGGCCCGGGGGUGGCAGCCUGGGGUGGAGUGGCCUUGUUAAAGCCUCACUCUUUUUAGUUGCAUUUCUCAGACACUGCCCUUGUCUCCACUGGAAGGACUCUCACCUGUUCUUUGCACAAGAGGUAACUGAAAAUGUCAGACACCGAAGAGAUCAUUGAGGAAUAUGAAGAGUAAGUACUAGAAGAAUGCGUCGAAGAAGAACAAGAACAAGAAGAACAAGAACAAGAACAAGCUGAAGAAGUCAAGGAAGAUGAAGAUGAACCUAGGGCAGAAGAACAAGAAGAGCAAGCUAAAGAACCAGAAGGAGAAUCAAAGCCUAGGCCCAAGCUCUUUAUGCCAAAUUUGGUGCCUCCAAAGAUCCCUGAUGGGGAGAGAGUGGACUUUGAUGACAUUCACCGCAAGAGAAUGGAGAAGGAUCUGAAUGAGCUGCAAACUCUGAUUGAGGCCCAUUUUGAGAACCGGAAGAAAGAGGAGGAAGAGCUGAUAUUCCUCAAGGACAGAAUAGAGCAGCGGCGAGCAGAACGAGCUGAACAGCAACGGAUCCGCAGUGAGCGAGAGAAGGAACGUCAGGCUCGCUUCGCUGAAGAGAGAGCCCGGAAAGAGGAAGAAGAAAAUAGGAAGAGGGCUGAAGAGGAUGCCAGGAAGAAGAAGGCUUUCUCGAACAUGCUCCAUUUUGGAGGCUACCUACAGAAGACAGAGAAGAAAAGUGGGAAAAAACAGACAGAGCGGGAGAAGAAGAAAAAGAUCCUCAGCGAGCGUCGAAAACCUUUAACCAUCGAUCACUUGAAUGAAGACAAAUUGAAGGAAAAGGCAAAGGAACUGUGGCAGAAUAUCCAUGACCUGGAAGCUGAGAAAUUUGACUUGCAGGAAAAGUUCAAGAGGCAGAAAUAUGAGAUUUCCAUACUCACUGCACGCUGCGAUGAGUUAAGCAAGUAAUUAAUGUUCUACGGAACCGCAUUAGUGAUCAUCAAAAGGUGUAAGUACUCAGGCCAUCCAGUUUGAUAGUAUCCAGCAUUCCCAUUAGAUCUUUCACAACCCCCCCACUUUUACUUUUUCUUUUACAGGUGCACCACUUUCACCCUUCCCUUCUGUAAAAUACUACUUUGGAGCUUUCAGGAUUUUGUUUGUGUUUUGCUUCCGUUCUUAACUUCCUGCUGUUCCUCCUUUCACUUUCAUUGUCAUUAGUAUUUGUCAGCCCUUCUCAUUUCAGUUCUUGGCUUCUUUUUGCUCUAGAAAGCCUGCUGCUGUAAUAAUAGGCUAUGCCUCUGUGUCCAAGAAUCUUGGAUUGAGCACUUCUGGCUAUUCAUAGGAUUGAUACAGUUAGAUUCCAUUUAAGAAACAACAACAACCUUGCUUUAUCACCACCUUUUCUUAUUUUCUUUCUUUAGUCCUCAUUUCAGCUAGUUGCUGCUUUUACUGCCUCCUGCAUCCCUUUUUACACCCUUUAUUUCACCCCUCCUUGUUGCUUUAUU